AUGUGUGUCGAAAGGUUCACGGUAUCGGUUAGUUCGCCAGCGCUGUCGUUCCUCAUGUACGAUUGUGCAAACCGGGACACAGACUUCGAAGGUCUAAUUUUCGGCUCAGUGACUACUCGACAGGUUUGCGAUGUGAGCGACGAAGCGAACUCCGACACGACGGUCAAGGAGAUCACGGAAGUGUGCAUCCAGAGAUUCGUAUUCCUCGAGGCGAGGUUCAGCUUUUACGAGCCUAAUCUGAACGUCAACAGCGAUUUGAUCCAUAUGCUCUUACAAACGUUGUCUACGUCGAUCGAAAAUGUGUCGGUGUUGGGCUGGUUUCGGCUGAAGCGCAAUGUUGGCCCGGUGGGCUUCAGCAGGAUCGAAAGGCGAGUGACGGCCAGUCUGUCGUCGAUCACCGAUGCGUCGAAGGACGGCUUACGCACGCCGUUGUUCAUGCUUCUCAGCGAAUCGGUGGAGAAUAAACAUGACUAUGGCGAGACCGGCUACCAGCUGUUUCAAUACGAUCCGCAUUUCUGUCGUUUCCGACCGAUCCGACUGAUCGUCACCAAUAUAGGCAGUACCAAUCAGGCAGAGUACCAACAGUCGCCUUUAGCGUUCGGUGCCCCCAGCCUGAGCAUCAUCCCGCAUUCGAUCGCCGACUUCCCGAGCACAGUUUACAACUAUGCUUCUACCCUGAUGCAGAACUCGAUGACACAGUUGAAAACCAUCUGCCAAUCGUUACUUGUUUUCAUGGUGCCAAAGUCACAGAUUGGUGUUCAAGAUCAAGAGCCAUUCUGUGGCUCCUCUGACAGGAAGGGGCAACAGAAGAAAUGGAAAUAUUUAGGGAGACAAACACUGAAAGAUACAGCAAUUAGCAAAGCGAAGCAACACAGAGACAUAGAAAUAUGUCCCGAAUAG